ACACGAGAUGGCGCGUGCAUCGGGCAAAAAUGGCGUCGCGCAUUUUGUCACGAUUUUAUUGAACACAUUAUAUACACAUUGGGCAUUGAAUCGAUGGAAGCCUAGACAAAAGACUGUUUCGUACGUGGUGCGCAUAAGGAUAGCACCUGAGACCUUGUUGAAAUUCCUGGGUCAUCAUUCAUCGUGUCGAGUAUUAUCUUGCUAACUUCGUUCGCUUUUUGCUGGUUGCUGUUUCCAGGGGAACCAGCUAAAUAUACCGGCACCGCAGCUCACUGGGCGACUACGGCAUUGCAAGGUCAAUGUGAGCUUGGUACGGUGAUGCUCAAGGCUUGCGAUGUAGACGAAAGCCUAUUAGUUAUACUAUUUCGAACCAAAUCUUGCAGAAGACUGCUCCAUGCGAGUAACGCAUGCAUUGAGGAUGUUGAUGUCGGCGAAGUUCGAAGUCUAUGGUAGAGUGCAAGGCGUUUUCUUCCGUAAGUAUACAAAUGACAAAGCCAAGGAACUGGGCUUGAAAGGAUGGUGUCGUAACACAAGGCAGGGUACGGUGGAAGGCGUUAUUCAAGGGCCUAUGGACAAGAUGGAAAUCAUGAAGCGCUGGCUGCAGUACGAAGGAAGCCCCGAAUCCUACAUCAAAGAAUGCAAGUUUCAAGAUGAACAAGAAAUUUCUGCUCCAGAAUUCAAGGAUUUUAAAAUUAAACAUUAGCGUUA